GGUCACAUGACCAGGAAGUGCCAAGCAUAAACUGUUUGGUUGGCGCGGAUUCGCGGACUACUAACCUGUACUUCUGAAACUGAACUUGCCUAACUUUUAAAAAAAUGUCAAGCUUUGCUCUCAAUACAAGAAACAGUGUUCCAGCCAAACGGAAGACUAUUGUGGCCCAAAGUGACUUGCAAAAGUGGGGCUUACACGGGAUACAGCUGAGGUCCUACCAGCUGGACGGGGUGCAGUGGCUGACCCAGUGCCUCCAGAACCAGGAAGGAUGUAUCCUAGGAGAUGAGAUGGGUUUAGGGAAAACCUGCCAGACAAUUUCUCUGCUGGUGUACAUGAAAGGAUGUCUUGGUGUCAAUGGCCCCUUUUUGGUCCUCAGUCCGCUGUCUGUCUUGGAGAACUGGAGAACUGAACUAGAAAGCUUCGCUCCUUCUCUCUCCGUGCUUUGCUACAAAGGAGACAAAGAGAAACGGGCCGAGUUGAAGAAAGAGACGAAACACACGCCGUUCAACGUUCUGCUCACGACCUAUGAGAUAUGUCUGAAAGACUUUUCCUUCUUGAAAAGUUGGAAAUGGAAGGCUCUGGUUGUGGACGAGGCUCACCGACUGAAAAACCAGGAUUCCUUGCUCCACAAGACCCUGAGCGAGUUCUCGACCGGUUUCCGGGUUCUGCUCACUGGGACUCCGAUCCAGAACAACCUCCUGGAGGUCUACUCCCUGAUCAGCUUCAUCCAGCCCAGCCUGUUCCCCGCCGACCAGGCCAAGGACUUUGUCCAGUACUACGCCGACCUCCAGAACCGACCUGCUCUGGCCGCGGAGCUGCAGAGCGUGCUGGAGCCGUUCCUGCUCCGCCGGGUGAAGGCGGAGGUGGCGGCCGACCUGCCCGGGAAGAUGGAGCUGCUGGUGUACCACGGCAUGUCAGCCCUGCAGAAGAAGUACUACAAGGCCAUCCUGACCAAGGACCUGGAUGCCUUUGGAAACGAGCAAGGCAACAAGACGAGGCUGAUGAACAUCCUGAUGCAGCUGAGGAAGUGCGUGGACCACCCCUACCUGUUCGACGGGGUGGAACCGGAGCCGUUUAUCAUGGGCGAGCACCUGAUCGAAGCCAGCGGGAAGAUGUGUCUUCUGGACAGUUUACUGUCCUUCCUCCAUAAAGGGGGCCAUCGAGUGCUGCUGUUCUCCCAGAUGACCAGGAUGCUGGAUAUUCUGCAAGACUACAUGGAAUACAGAGGGUACAGCUACGAGCGUCUGGAUGGGUCGGUGCGUGGAGAGGAGCGAAACCUGGCCAUCAAGAACUUCAGCAGCAAAGACGUGUUUGUCUUCAUGCUCAGCACCAAAGCAGGGGGUGUGGGGCUGAAUCUGACAGCGGCUGACACUGUAGUCUUCAUGGAUAGUGAUUUCAACCCCCAGAAUGACUUGCAGGCUGCCGCUCGCUGCCACCGGAUUGGCCAGACCAGGCCUGUGAAGGUGAUCCGUCUCCUUGGCCGGGACUCGGUGGAGGAGAUGGUGUACUCCCGUGCGACGUCCAAGCUGGACCUCACCAAAGCCGUCAUCGAGGAGGGGCGCUUCUCCCUGCUGGACCAGGCCUCCGCUGGUGGACUACAGUUGAGUGAGAUCUUAAAGUUCGGCGUAGACAAACUGCUGGCGUCUGAAGAGAGCUCCAUACAGGAUGUGGACCUGGGGAAAAUCCUCGGCCAUACAAAGAAUGGCCAGUGGGUGGCGGAACAAGACCCAGCAUCGCCCAGCAGGGGAGAGGAGGAAGAUGAAGAGGAGAAUGAUUCUGAGGACGAUGUCCAAAACGGUAAGAAGAAGCCCGACCACAUGUACUACUUUGAGGGGAGGGAUUACUCCAAGGAACCCAGCACUGAGGACCUGAAGAGCUUCCAACGUCUGCAGGAGGAGCAGCUGGCCGAGCUCACAGAUGACAGCGGGGAGGGGCCCUCGCUCAGACACAAAGCCGGGGUGUUGCUGACCGGGCCUCUUGGGGUUUCUACGCGGAAGAGAAAGCCUCUGAGUGCAGCCGACCUGGAGCUCAGGCGACAGAAGAACCAGGAGUCAGCCGCCAAGAGGGCCAAGCUCCAGCAGGACAGGAAGAGGAAACUGGAGGAGCAGAAGCAGAAGAAAAAGAUGGACUGGUGGCAGAGCUCGGGCUACAGGUCUCUGUGCCUUCACUCGGAGGACAGCUGCGAAGACGAGGAGGAAGAGGGGGAUGACGUCAGCCUUGCCAGCGAGGGCUCCACAGAGUCGGACCCCACCGCCAUCCACUACGUUCUGGGGGACGUCACACACCCUCAGACUGGACCGGAAGACGCCAUCAUUGUCCACUGUGUUGAUGAUUCUGGGCGAUGGGGACGAGGAGGUCUGUUUACUGCUCUGGAGAUGAGGUCUGAUGAACCAAGCAAACAAUAUGAGCUAGCUGGGAGCAUGAAAGACUUGGACCUGGGGAAUGUGCUUCUCUUCCCCAUCGAUGACAAACAGUCACGGUUGGAUGGUCAGGACCAGGUGGCCCUGAUCGUGGCGCAGCAGAGGGACCGAUCCAACAACCUGUCUGGGAUCCACCUCAGUGCUCUGGAAGGAGGGCUGAAAAAGAUUUACUCUGCGGCCCGAAGGAGUAAAGCCAGUGUGCACCUUCCCCGCAUUGGUCAUUCGACCCGAGGGUUCAACUGGUACGGCACCGAGAGACUGAUCAGGAAGUACCUGUCCUCAAAGGGGGUCCCCACCUUCAUAUAUUACCACAAGAGGACCCCCAAGAAGACCGCCGUGGCUCCAGCCCUUCCUCCUCAACCCUCCGCCUCCACCAGUGCACCACCUCCCCCGGCAGAGCCCGCCCCCGUCUCCCCGGGCGGGUCAGACACCGGAGCCUCUGGCGCUGGGCCCCGGCGCUCCGCCGUCCUCCCGGACUUCAUGAAGGGGGUGUUUGUGUUCUUCUACAACCUGCCCGCCACCGAGAAGAAGAGGCUAGCACGACACCUCAUCACUUAUGAUGGAGACGAGGAGGACGUCAUGAGUCCUACGGUCACACACGUCGUCGCUGAAGCCACCAACACAUUCCACUCAAAGGAGCUCCAGGACAUGCUGCUGCAGUACCCCCAGGCUGUGGCCACAAAGACGGCCUGGCUAGACACCUGCUACUCCAGACAGACCCGAGUAGAUGCCACGCCCUUCCUGCACGCCUUCAGAUGACAGUGGUCCACUAUGAGCAUGCUGGAGGGAAUAGUACAUGUUUUAUUAUCCUAUAGUCUCACUCAGUACAAGUGAGAGUACAUGAUGUAUGAUAUUUAUGAGUUUUCUAUAUUAUGUUCCCAUUUCAUUGAAUGUCUUCAAAGUCAGUUCUGAUGGGUUGAAUAAUUGUAAAAGAAAUGCAUUUGAAUGUCUUCAUCGGGAGUUCUUCAUUGUCAGUUGGCUGUAAGGUGUUGAAUCAUCAUAAAAUGCAAUUCAAGGUCUUCAUAUUAAUCAAUCGAAUCCAUUAAAACUGUCAUGUUAUGUUAAUAAAUGAACAUAAUAAGUAA